AUGGCUACAAAGUACAUUAUCAAGAAUAUCACCGUCAUUUCGGUCGAUGAUGAGAUUGGAAACGUGCGCAAUUGCGACGUGCUCAUAGAUGAUGGAGCCAUUUCAGCGGUUGGCUCUGGACUCACUCAUUCCACAGACCACACCAUCAUCGACGGUACAAAUGCCAUUGUAUCACCUGGCUUCUUCGAUACCCAUCGUCAUACUUGGCAGUGUCAGCUCAAAUCUGUCGCUACAGACUUUGCGUUGAGCGAUUACGUUUUGGCUCUGAGGCACAUCAAUGGAGCAUCAUACAUUGCUCACGACGCAUAUAUUGGAAAUCUAUGUGGGGCACUAGAAUCCAUCGACAACGGAACGACAUAUUUGGUGGACCACUCUCAAUCUAUGAACUCGUCAGAGCAUGCCGAUGCCGCAGUGAAAGGCCUGCUAGAUUCGAAAAUACGAGGAGUUUUCCGCUAUGCUCUUUAUCCCAAUCCUGCAUGGGAGGGCUCCUGCAUGGACAAAGAGCGGGAAGUGAAAACACCAAAUUGGAGACUUAAUGAUGCACACCGCAUCCGGGAAACAUACUUCAAAUCAACUGAACCUGAAGAUAUCUUGAGAUUCGGCUUUGCGUCUUCAGAGCCUAAUGCCACCCAAAUCGAUAAACUUGUCAGCGAAAAUGAAUUUAGUCGGUCCAUCGGCGCGGCAGUUAUUGGCGCCCAUAUCAGUUUUAGAAAGAGGAAUCCUGGAAAUUGUAUCGUUAGGCAGCAUGAUUAG